GCCCGGGCGCGCGGGAGCGGGAGCGGCCCGGGGAGCCGGAGCGCACCAUGGAGGCGGCGGCGGGUGGCCGCGGCGGCUUCCAGCCGCACCCGGGGCUGCAGAAGACGCUGGAGCAGUUCCACCUGAGCUCUAUGAGCUCGCUGGGCGGCCCGGCCGCCUUCUCGGCGCGCUGGGCGCAGGAGGCCUACAAGAAGGAGAGCGCCAAGGAGGCAAGCGCGGCUGCCGUGCCGGCGCCGGUGCCCGCGGCCGCGGAGCCGCCGCCCGUGCUGCACCUGCCAGCUAUCCAGCCGCCGCCGCCCGUGCUCCCCGGGCCCUUCUUCAUGCCGUCCGACCGUUCCACCGAGCGCUGCGAGACCGUGCUGGAGGGCGAGACCAUCUCGUGCUUCGUGGUGGGCGGCGAAAAGCGCCUGUGCCUGCCGCAGAUCCUCAACUCGGUGCUGCGCGACUUCUCGCUGCAGCAGAUCAACUCGGUGUGCGACGAGCUGCACAUCUAUUGCUCGCGCUGCACGGCGGACCAGCUGGAGAUCCUCAAAGUCAUGGGCAUCCUGCCCUUCUCGGCGCCCUCGUGCGGGCUCAUCACCAAGACGGACGCCGAGCGCCUGUGCAACGCGCUGCUGUACGGCGGCGCCUACCCGCCGCCCUGCAAGAAGGAGUUGGCCGCCAGUCUGGCUCUGGGCCUGGAGCUCAGCGAGCGCAGCGUGCGUGUGUACCACGAGUGCUUCGGCAAGUGCAAGGGGCUGCUGGUGCCCGAGCUCUACAGCAGCCCGAGUGCCGCCUGCAUCCAGUGCCUCGACUGCCGCCUCAUGUAUCCCCCGCACAAGUUCGUGGUGCACUCGCACAAGGCGCUGGAGAACCGGACCUGCCACUGGGGCUUCGACUCGGCCAACUGGCGGGCCUACAUCCUGCUGAGCCAGGACUACACGGGCAAGGAGGAACAGGCGCGCCUUGGUCGCUGCCUGGACGACGUGAAGGAGAAGUUUGACUAUGGCAACAAGUACAAGCGGCGGGUGCCCCGGGUCUCCUCCGAGCCCCCGGCCUCCAUCCGGAAAACAGAUGAUGCCUCCUCCCAACUCCCUACGUCUUCUGAGAAGGACAAACAGUCUGGCUGGCUGCGGACCCUGGCCAGCUCCAGCAAGAGCCUUGGCUGCGUUCACCCUCGCCAGCGCCUCUCUGCUUUCCGACCCUGGUCCCCUGCCGUGUCCACGAGUGACAAAGAGCUCUCCCCGCACCUCCCGGCCCUGAUUCGAGACAGCUUUUACUCCUACAAGAGCUUCGAGACGGGUGUGGCCCCCAAUGUGGCCCUGGCACCGCCGGCCCAGCAGAAGGUCGUGAGCAGCCCGCCAUGCGCCACCGUGGUCUCCCGGGCCCCCGAGCCUCUGGCCACCUGCCUCCAGCCACGGAAGCGGAAGCUGACUGUGGACACCCCCGGAGCCCCGGAGACGCCAGUGCCCGUGGCCGCCCCGGAGGACGACCGGGACUCGGAGGCUGAGGUGGAAGUGGAGAGCAGGGAGGAGUGUACGUUCACCUCCUCCCUGUCUUCGCUCUCCUCCCCAUCCCUUACCUCAUCCAGCUCCGCCAAGGACCUGAGCUCCCCCGGCGUGCAUGCCCCGCCCACCGCGCCCGCCGCCCCCGAGGCCGCGGCCCCUGCUGACAGCACGAGCGGUGGCCUGGAGGCCGAGUUGGAGCACCUGCGGCAGGCCCUGGAGGGCGGCCUGGACACCAAGGAAGCCAAAGAGAAGUUCCUGCACGAGGUGGUGAAGAUGCGCGUGAAGCAGGAGGAGAAGUUGAGCGCCGCGCUGCAGGCCAAGCGCAGCCUCCACCAGGAGCUGGAGUUUCUGCGUGUGGCCAAGAAGGAGAAGCUGCGGGAAGCCACGGAGGCCAAGCGCAACCUGCGGAAGGAGAUCGAGCGCCUCCGAGCCGAGAAUGAGAAGAAGAUGAGAGAGGCCAACGAGUCCCGGCUGCGCCUGAAGCGGGAGCUGGAGCAGGCGCGUCAGGUGCGGGUGUGUGACAAGGGAUGCGAGGCCGGCCGCCUGCGCGCCAAGUACUCGGCCCAGAUUGAGGACCUGCAGGUGAAGCUGCAGCACGCGGAAGCGGACCGCGAGCAGCUACGGGCUGACCUGCUUCGGGAGCGCGAGGCCCGGGAGCACCUGGAGAAGGUGGUGAAGGAGCUGCAGGAGCAGCUGUGGCCGCGGCCCCGCCCCGAGGCUGCGGGCAGCGAGAGCACUGCCGAGCUGGAGCCCUAGCGGAGCCCACUGUCUGCCGCCAAGGUGCGGACGCCGCAGGGAGCGGGCGGGCGGGCGGCCCACGCCAGCGGGGGCUGGGGGGGGGGCUCUGCGCGCCGGCGGGCCCACCCCCACGUCCACAUAGCACAACGUCUUACUGUGCCUAUAACCAAGCGAGUGUUUGGAACCACAUACUUUUGGAAUCCACUGCAAAAUUUUCUACUGGCCAAGUUCAAGUGCGCAAGCCGGGUUCCCAGCCGCAGCCGGAGCCAAGGGCUCCGCGCCUGCAGCGGCCCUCUGCUUGCUGGAACGUUCUAACAUUUACAUUUUUGUUAUAAGCUAUUUAAAACCAAUAAGAAGACUUGAUACUCAGAAAAAUCAACAGGUUUUUUUUAAUGACUAACUUUUAAAAGCCCCACCAACACGUGACGCCAUCCGAGGACCUGCUAAGGGAGCCGGGGUGCAGCCGCCCCGCCCCGCGAAGCCAUCGCAGCUCGUCCGUGGCCGCGAGAGGACAGGGAGGGUUUUCUCCAGAGUCUAUUUUUUCAGCGACGAGGACCCAGGCCUCCUGUGCUGCUGCCGGGAAGAGCAGGGAGGGCGCAGGGAGCCGGGCCGCCUGACCGCCCGCCUGCCCACCGGGCAGCCCCCGGGAGGGGGGGGCAGUGAGUGCCGGGCCCGCUCCGCCUCGGCCGCCCUCCCCGGCCCGCUCUUGUCGCGUCGGGACUGAGGCUGCAGCGUUGGAACAAAACAGCAUUACUUCACUUUUUUUUUUCUUUUUUUUUGUUCAUUUAAACGUAUAUUUAGAACUGCACUUUGUCAAAAAUCUUCCCUUCUCUUUUUAUUCCCCAGUUAACUGAGGUUUUUACUUUUCAAAUAUUGCAAACCCAUUUAUAGAGCAGUCCACAUCCUAAGUGCUCGAGUGUUUAGAAACCCCCUCUGGUGCUUGGUUGAACAAGGGAAUCACAAAACGAAAAUGCAAAAACUGAACUUCGGGGGGUAGUUCUGUGCCUUCCAGCAUCUUGUACAGCAAAUCCUGACUCGUCUUUUUACCCCCGAGACACCUGUCUUCAGACUGAAUCUGCCACUAUCAGAAUAAGUUACUUGCAUUUAUUCCAAAUAAUCUCGUUUACUCUCAACUGUUCAUGCAAAUUGUAUAAGGUUUUUUAUGCCCAAGCUUGAAAAAUGAUUUCCCAGUAGACGAGAGGCGGCUACCCAUCCUGAAAUUAUGGUAUUUAUGUACAUGAGAAAGAUCUUACCAGAAUUCUUUGCUUGACCCCGUUCUAACGCCGAGGCAGCUGUGAGCGCGGACGGAGGUGGAGACUGCUGGCCCAGGUGCAGGCGCCGCCCGCCGUCACGACCAGCAGAGGCUUGGUGGCCAUGUCAUCUGCAGGGUUCUCGCCCAUGGUUUACUGGGGGGGAGGGGCGCAGGUGCUGCUGGACCCCCCUUCUAAAGUGCAAUGCAAAAGGGACACCAUAUAUAUGCAGCGUUUGUUUGGAAUUUUUUUUUUUUUUUUUGCUUUUGUUUUUUUUUUUGCAGUUACGAAAUCUGUAUGCAUGGAAUGUUAAACCUCUGCCGUAUGUAUACCCAUUGAUGGGCAUUAUUACCGGGUCCUGGAAGGGGCCGGUCGUGCUACACAACACUCAGAAUGCUGUGUUCAGCCUUGUUUUUCCAGAGUUGUGUUUUUUCAGUCAUUUCUUCAAGGGGAACUAAAUGAUUUCGUCGGAGCAGAGCUUUAAGUGUGCCCUCGUGCUUCUGGGUGGCAGUGCUCUGUUGCCAGGAGAGAUCAAAGGGCCACUGCGGCCCGUUGCCCGGGGCCACCCGUUCACUUUUCGGUUUUGGACUCCAGAGGGCGGUGAGCUUCUCCUGAGUUCUGUGUGGGGGCCCCGCCUCCCGUCGCCCUCGCCCCGCCCACCUCCGGUCACCAUCUCGACCGCUGGGUCCACGCCUCCACUGGCCAGCUUCGUCCGGGAAGGUCGGGAAGAGCUGGGCGUGCUGCGGCCGGGCCGGGCCCGCCCCACCCGUCCCCGCCCAAGGGGCCUGUGGCCCGCCAGAGCUGGGGUGGUGGGGGCCCGCCGUCCCAGGCUCCCCGGGCACCAGCAGCUGAAGCCCUCCUGGGCAGCUCCCUUGGUGAAGCCGGGGUGGGGGUGGGGGGGGGCAAUCGGCUCGUUCUGGCCGCUUCCAUCCGAGGGGCCUGAGACCUGGCUUUCAUUCGUGCAGCUGCGGUUCAGUUUCUCUGCAGAAGGGAGAAGAGUCUAUCUUGUCGGCUGCUGACGCUCCCUGUGUGUAAUAUCCAUUAUCCAGAUGAUUGUGUAUUCAGUUUAAUUACUCAUUAUUUCUAUGCUGAAAGAGGAUUUUUAACGAAGGGAAAAACAACAGCAAUAACAUUCAUAUCUUUGGAGCAGCUAACUCACACAUAAUAUCCUGCUUUUCGUAUGGAACUAGCGCCAUGUAAAAACAGUCCCUGUAAAUACUGUCCCUCGGCACUGUUGUAUCGCACGCGUGUACGUGGCUCCUUUCUCAGAAACUCGUUUCUUACCUGGUAGUUGUCUUGUUUUCUGGGUUGUUUCGAACUGAGGAAGAACAGCUCACCUGCCCGAGGGGAUGGACCCUCCGCCAGCCCCCGUGGCACCCCUGCGCCCCCCACCCCCGGGCUCCGUCCUCCCCACCCCUGCCCGCCCACCCGCCCACCUACCUACCCACCUACCCACCGCGUCCACCAGGCUCGAGAGGCCGUCUUGUUCUUGCUUUAAGUCAGGAGUCACGAGCGACAUUUUUUUUCAAUUAAGGAAAAAAAACCCACAGCUCUACCUUCAUAUCCGCCAGGAGCGUCUGCAUCGCUGUCCGCGUUCCCUCCUUCGCUGCUGCUAAUGACAACAGGAUGACUUACUCUACUAUCGAAAACUAUUUUUAUGUAAUUAAUGUAUGCUUUCUUGUUUAUAAAUGCCUGAUUUAAAAAGAAAAAAGAAAAAGCUUGGCAUAUUUAUCUACUUCGCUGUGUACCCGUUAGUCCUUUGGCGCCCCUCCCCCAAACAGAUGACAUUGUACAAUAAAGGACUUUGAGAGUA